CCGGUUUAGAUUCUUGGCGGUGUUAGCUCCACGCCGUCCGAUGCUGCGGAAGCUGUGCUUUGGCCUUCGGGCUACCCACAUCCCCUCCUUGCUUUCUCCAGCUUAUGCCAGGUUUUUCUCAGGUUUUUCUCCGGCCGAAAUCUUCGACACUUCUUACCAAUCCACGAGUUUUUUCUAAAAAAAUGAUCAUAUUAAUCCCGUUGUAUCAUCCUCGUCCCGAAAAUCGUCGAAAGUGAGCUUUUUGAUCUUCCCUUUUCUAUCAAUUACUUUGAAUUUUCUUCUUAUGGACUUUCAAAUAUGUAAUUUAUCAUCUAUUUCCUCUUAACUUCCUUCCCCUCGAAAUUCCCGAUUCUAUAUUUGUCUGUUGUCAACAUAUCCGGAACUCCGCCGAUUCUUCGCAAGUCUCGCUUUAGACCGUCUCUACUCCCACUUCAGCUGUUUAGGUGUUCGACAAAUUGCCGCAAUGGGUAGGCUUCCAUCCACGAGUGGAUGAGAUCAUGUUCUCUCUGACUAAUCUGCGCAGACUUUGUGCCGCCAUUGAUGCCUUUGCUGCAACUUGCAUCGCUGCCAGCAUCUCAAAGGCGAGAACCAAAACCGAUAUUGCGAUUUCAGCCCAGGCGUCGAACGAUAACUUUCCCACCAUUGCUGCAUGCAAAGCUGCUGCUUUGAAGAAACAGGUAAAGCAGGAAGCUGUAAAAGAUCCAUCUUUAUGCGCUGUUAGCUCUCAGGAUUCAAUUCCCCUCGCCGAACCCGCGCUUGUGCAAAUAAAGGCUGAAAGAGAUCCAGAAAAGCUGUUUCAGCUUUUCAAUGCAAAUGCUGAGAACCGUCUUGUAGUGGAAAACCGCUUCGCCUUUGAGGAUACAGUAUCCCGGCUUAAAGGAGCCCGCAGGUUUGAUCUCAUUGAGAAGCUUCUUGAGCAUCAGAGAACACUUCCUCAGGGCCGGCGUGAGGGUUUUGUCCUCAGGAUCAUUAUGCUUUAUGGAAGGGCCAGAAUGGCUGAUCAUGCCCUUAGAACCUUUGAAGAGAUGCAUCUCUUUGGAUGUCCUCAGACUGCCAAGUCUUUCAAUGCUGUACUGAAGGUUUUAUCAGAAAACCGGAGAUUUGAGGAGGCACAAGUGCUUUUCAGCAAGGCCUUGACUAAGUUUGGGAUUGAAUUGGAUGUCAUUUCAUAUAAUACCAUUAUCAAGGUUUUGUGUGAGAUGGAUAGCUUAGAUUCUGCCUACUUAGUCAUGUUAAAGAUGGAGAAGGCUAAAAUCAUGCCUGAUGUGGUGACAUACACUACACUUAUGUCUGCCUUCUAUAAGCAUGGUCACCGUGAGGUUGGUGACGGUUUGUGGAACCUGAUGGUACUCAAAGGUUGCUCACCAAAUUUAGCAACCUAUAAUGUAAGAAUCCAGUUUCUGAUUAAUAGGAGAAGAGGAUGGCAAGCCAAUGAUUUGGUUCAAAAGAUGACUUCUACUGGUAUUAGACCUGAUGAGCUGACCUAUAAUCUUAUUAUCAAAGGUUUUUGCAUGAUGGGAGAACUUGAUAUGGCAAAGAGGAUCUUUUUGGCGAUGGAUGGAAGGGGAUGCAAGCCAAAUGAGAAAGUCUACCAGACGAUGGUUCAUUAUUUUUGUAAAGGAGGUGAGUUUGAUGUGGCAUUCAGGCUUUGUAAGGAUAGCAUGAAAAAAAAUUGGUUUCCAAAUGUUGAUACUAUUGAUAACCUGUUGAAAGGUCUCAUGAAAAUUUCAAAGGAAGGGAGUGCUAGGGAAAUCUUCAAGUUGGUUAGGAAGAAGCAACCACCAUACUCAAUUGAGGAAUUGAAGGCCUUCCAAGACAUUUUAUUCAUUGGCAAGACUCUUUAAAAGUAAUGGGGUUUGGAUUUUGCCCUCACAUAUCCUGUCACUAGAGAAGAACCAUGAGAGUUCCCUAGAAUUCAUUCUUUCAGUUGAAUUUUUGCUGGGGCAAAUAUUUAACCUGGUAUUGAAGAUGUGCUCUGCAAUUCUUCCGUUCUUUUCAAAGAAGAUUCUGAGCUAAAAUAUUCAGUGCAGAAUCUGAUAGCAUAUUCCUUCAAGAUAUUUGGUUUAACAAGCCAAACAGUUAAGAAGCUAUUUCUCAACUCUAUCUAUGAAGGCUUUUUAUUCUUACUGGGGAGAAGCUCAGCUCAUUGACACAAACUAUCUGGGUGUUGCCAAUCUGGAUGAUGUAAUAGUGAAAAUUAAAGACAAUGUGAUGUUGGGAUGAUUAGUCGAAACAACCGGAGUGAUGAUGCGAUUCUGAGCUAAGAUAGUCUACAUUUUCACGAUGUUGGCUCGACAUGUGGUGCUGAGUCAUGAGAUACGAUGACACUGGUUCGAGUAACUUGCAUGGUUGUAGAAGAUGGUGGUGACAAUGAUGCAGAGUUGGUUCUGCUUGUAGUGCUUGUAUCAGUCCCUGUUAUGUGCAUGAGAGAGUGAUGGUAGGGAGAGGCUGAGAAAGGCAAUUAAGGUUCAUUUGUGAUGGCUUGUUUACAUUUGUAUUCUUUUCAGAAAAUUGGCAUAAUUUGGUCUAGCUACAUUUUUUUACUAUUUUUUCAGCAAUUUUUAUGGUGAGAAGUAAUAUUUUAGAAUCAGAUCUGUUAUAGUUGUUAAUUUAUUUUGAAGUGGACAAAGGCUAUGUAUCUGCACCAUAUUUUUCGAACAAAUGAUUUUUCCUUACAGCAAUUGUAUAAUUAAUUGAUAGGCAGUUACAACGUUUCUAAGGGACCCUAA